GGCAAAAUUUCACAAAAAUUUAACACAACACUUACUUAUCUAGUCUUCAAUUACUUCAAUAUAAAAGUCGAUUCGACAAAAAUUCAAUCUCAAAAUUAAUCUCUCAGCGUUUCAUUAAAAAGCAUCAUCAACAUAAUACGAGUGCCUACAAGUUAAAACUGCAACAUCGAGAAUUUUAAAGAAACGAACUCGUGAAUCGGGAGACGAAAAAAGUGAAGUUGCAAGUUCAGAAGCAAACUGUCUCACGAGAAAACGGUGAAUAAAUCAUCUGUGACAUAACAGAAACGCGAUGGCAAUAGAGUCACCGUAUAAAUUAUAAUAACGAGUCGCGUCGAGGAAUUCCAACUGGGAGCACGUAAAUGAUAAAAAAUUCAUAGAAUUUUAUUAAAAAUGGAUUUCUGUAAGAGAUACAAAUUUCUACAAAUUUUACCCACGAGACGUGUCGUGUGGUCCUGGAAAACGGAAAACGGUACGAAUAUCCAGUUCACCGAGAAGGAGACCAUCGAAGAAUGCCUCGUAGAACUCGUCAACAUCUGGAUUUCGACGAUCACGAUUUUUAUUGCGUUGAUCAUCGUUCUGAAGUAUAAAUACAGUAAACAGAAAGAAUGCAGAAGACUUUUGCCAUUUCAUACAACUAGAACGCUGUUAUGUAUGACGAUGUUAGUGGUUCUUUUCUUGGAAUUAUGCGAGUCUUUUCUAACAUGGAUUUCUUGCUCUUCUAUCAUUACGAUAGUAGCUAUCCUUUACUGCUGGAUCCUGCAUCGAAACACCGAAGUUAAGGAUGGUUUUGGCGUUGCUUACACUACUGGAAUAUUCGCUACGAUUGGUUUAUCACGAGCAUGGAAAUUCACGUAUCUUUAUAGAUAUGGUCUAUCUAUUUUACACGUUCGAUAUACAACUACAGCGAUCACCGCUAUUUUCUGCGGUCUCUUUGCUAUUUUGGAUUCUUAUACGUUGUAUCUUAUAACAAGAAGAAGGAGAAGAUACUUGAUCGAACGAGAGACACGAGGAAAAAUCAUGUAUAAACACACGAAGGCAUCAUUUUUCAACAAAAUCACUUUUCAGUGGAUGAUAAACUUGUUAUCCAAAGGAUACAAAAGAUAUCUGGACAUUCACGAUCUUGGUCAACUUCCGGAGGAAGAAAGUACUAGGAAACAAUUUGGAAAAUUUCGAAAAGUAUACGAGGAGCAUAGGAAAAGAAACAAAAAAUUAUGUCUUUGGAAAUGUUUUUGGAAGAAGAUAUGGCAUCCCUUUGUCAUUGGAGGAUUGUUAAAGUUAUUGGGAGAUGCUACAACCCUUGUAGGACCAUUAUCUAUUUCUAAAAUCCUGAACUUUGUUUCUAUCUCUCAAAAUAAGACAAUAACUUCUCAAUACUCUAUGGUUGUCAUGACAUUUCCAGAAAUCUUAGAAAAUGGCUAUUUUUUGGGCUUAUUGAUAUUGUUCUUUUCUUUAUUACAAGGGACUCUAAGUCAAGCUUCCACUCAUAUUCUCUGCGUUGAAGGAAUUCGCUUGAAAACAGCUCUUCAGGCGCUAUUAUACGAUAAAGCUUUACGUUUGUGCUCUUGGAGCAUCGACGAAGAAGAUAACUUGCCAGACAAGGAGAAAGAACAGAAUAAACUCCAGCAAUCUGCUGAUAUUGGAACUUUGACUAAUUUGAUAUCAGAAGAUGUUUACAAUGUGAUGAGUUUUUUAUGGAUUGGACAUUAUACGUGGGCCAUUCCAUUAAAGAUUACUGCUAUUAUCUUUUUUCUUUACACAAAAUUGGGCGUCAGUGCAAUCAUUGGAGCAGUUUGUUGCAUAUUAAUAGUGACACCUUUACAAUUGGUACUUGGUAAAAAAAUGUCGGAAAAUUCUAAAUUGGUUGCUAAAAACAGUGAUAGUAGAUUACGUUUAAUCAAUGAAAUCUUCCAAGGAAUGAGAUUGGUGAAACUUAGAGCUUGGGAAAAUAUUUUUGAAGAAAAAAUAAGAAAAACGAGAGACAAUGAGCUGAAGAUGUUGGAUAAAGAGUCUUUCUACUGGACUCUUAUUAAUUUCCUCAUCCAUGCUUCUUCGGUUCUAAUGACACUUUUCACUUUUGCCGCUUAUUUUUGGCUAGAAGAUCAAACUCUUGAUGCAGGAAAGGUUUUUGCAAGCUUAGCAUUAUUCUCACAGUUGACUGUUCCUCUUCUCAUCUUUCCAGUAAUGAUCCCUAUCAUUAUCAACGCUAUGAUUUCCACGAAAAGAAUAGAGGAAUUUCUUCAACUUCCAGAAAUUGACAAUGUCUUGCCCGAUUUUGUUGAUAGAAAGUCAGAAAUUGCUGAGAGUAUACCGUCACAGACUAAUUCCAUCGACGAAUCCAUUAUGGAAACAACGAAGACACUCAAUACUCCUACAUUUGGAUCAUUGGAUAACAUCAAAGAAGAUGAGGAGAAUAGACAAUCGUGUGGCUUGAAAGAUUACGAAUUGAAUAUAAAUUCUUCUAUAGAUACAGUUUUUGAAAAAGAUCCGGAAAUGCCAAUACUCACAAUGAAAGGCUGCAAAUUUUCCUGGGGUACAGAGGAAAGUCUGUUGUCCAUCGAUGAUCUUAGCUUUCCAUGUGGUCAGUUAACUUUAAUCGUUGGUAAAACAGGAAGUGGAAAAACUUCUUUGCUGCUAGGAAUGUUGGGAGAAAUCCAAAGGACAGCAGGAUCCAUUGAAUGGGCUAAAGACUCCAAAGUCGCAUAUGUGGCACAGAAACCCUGGCUUCAAAAUGCAACUUUGAGAGACAACAUUCUUUUUGGAUCGCCGUACAAAAUGAAAAAAUAUAAAAACGUGUUGAAAGCUUGUGCUCUUCAACCGGAUGUCGAAAUACUUCCUGGCCAUGAUUUCACGCGAAUUGGUGAAAAGGGAAUAAACUUAAGUGGAGGCCAAAAACAGAGAGUGACUAUAGCCAGAGCGUUUUACAGCGACGCAGACAUUAUUAUAAUGGAUGAUCCAUUAUCUGCACUGGAUCAUCAAGUUGGGCAACAGAUCUUCGAUCAAGGAAUUCGAAAACUAUUACUCAGAAGUGGGCGCACUGUGAUCAUGGUUACUCAUCAACUGGAAUUUUUAUCCAUUGCUCAUCAAGUUGUCGUCAUGGAUGGAUGUCGGAUCCGAACAAUAGGAACGAAAUCAGCGAUCGAGGAUUUUGAUCCAGAAUUAGCAAUCGAGUGGAGGAAAACGGAAACGAAAGAAGAGGAUGGAUAUAAUCGUGUUCAUAGAACUGCAAAAGAUAGAUGGUCUUUAAUUAAAUUGAUAUCCAGAAUCGGUAACAAUGCGAAGAAUAAAUCUGGGGAUAAAUCAUGGAUCACUGAUCAAGAUGCUCAUGUGAACUCAGGAUUCGUACCAUUAAGAAUGAGAAGAACUACUCUUUCCGGAUCAAGAUACUUGGCUCAUGAUUUGACAGAUCUUCCAGUAUCUACAGAAGAAUGGAAUGUCGAGAAAAAGCGAUUCAAACCGCACCGAAAUGCUGUUAGAUCUUCCAGUCUUCAACCUGAAAGACAACCACCUCCUGUUUUACGACAAAACAGUACUCCGACAAUUCUUGAGAGUCAAUAUAUUGUAUCCAGGAAAAGAAAUAAUACUUUUGAUAAUGGACAACGUAACAAUGUUUUCAGGCAAAUAUUUUCUAGUGGAAUAAUUAGUCCACAUCCUGAUGAAAUAACAUUGAAUAGAGACAAAAGCGUUCUACAAAAAUUGAUACCAUCUAAUUCUAACAGACAAAUGCAAUACAAUGUUAAAAAAACUUGUCAUGAUCAAGAAAAUGAACAUUUUCCUGUGAAACGAUUGUUAAUAGAAUCAAAAGGAACUAAAGAAUCUACUGACAUUGAAGAAAAAGACUAUGAUACAAAGGAAUUAGAAAAACAGUUUCAAUGCCAGAAAGAUAGCAGAACAAUCACUAGAACAAUCUUUUAUGAUUACAUAAAGGCUGGAGGUUGGAUACCUAGUUUAAUUUAUAUAACAAUAGCGAUUUUCUGUCAGAUUCUUCGUGUUUUCAUCGACUACUGGUUAAGCCAAUGGACAGAUGAAGAUUUCAUUCAAGAAAAUUAUGAUACGGUUUUCUAUUUUAAAGUUUACAUCAUUCUUUCCAUUAUUUUUAUAUUAUUCUCUAUCAUAUGCAAUGCAACUGGUCAAUGGACAGGUGCAAGAGCAAGAAGAAAAUUGCAUGAAGAAGCUGUAUCCAGACUUCUAAGAGUGCCAAUGUCGUUUUUCGAUUCCAAUCCCGUGGGAAAAAUAUUAAACAGAUUUAGCACAGAUAUAGGCGUCAUUGAUAAGAAAAUAUCCAUGUCGAUCCAACGAUUGAUGUUCUUCUUUCUUCUCUGCGGUUCAGCGAUGAUUGUGAAUGUUAUUAUCUCACCAUGGUUCUUCAUUUUCGCUGUACCCAUAUGCACAGUUUACUAUCUGAUUCAAAAAUUUUACAGGCGUAGUGCCAAACAUUUACAAAGAUUAGACGGCAGUACCAGAUGGCCGAUCACUACUCACUUUUCCGAAACACUUUGUGGAUUAGCAACGAUAAGAGCUUCAAAGCAAGAGAAUCGCUUCAUGGAGGAGGCUAUAAAGUGUCUGGACAUCAACACAAACGCGUUUCUUCUUCUAAAUUCCAGCAGUCGAUGGUUAGGCAUCGUUCUGGAUUACCUAGGUGCUAUAAUAGUGAGCUCUGCGAUAUUUGUAAUGUUAAUUUCCGCUAAAUUGUAUCCACAUAUCACGCCUGCUCUAGUUGGCCUGGCAAUUAAUUAUACCCUACUAGUGCCAAUUUAUUUAAAUUGGGUGGUGAAAUUUAUCGCGGAGACAGAGAUAUAUUUUGGUAGUGUUGCUCGAAUCUCCACUUACAGAUAUGCCCCUGUGGAAAAUUAUCAAGAUGGCUUUCAUAUAUCUAAAAAUUGGCCCAACAAAGGUGAAAUUAUUUUUGAAAAUGUUUCUCUGAGAUACGCUUCUCAAAAUCAAUCAGUGAUCUCGAAUUUUUCUCUGAAGAUUCCAGCCGGUCAAAAAAUUGGAAUUUGCGGGAGAACCGGAAGCGGGAAAUCCUCUACAGUGAUGGCACUGUUUCGAUUACUAGAUAUCACUCAAGGUCGCGUAUUGAUCGAUGGAAUAGACGUCCGACAAAUUCCUUUGAAAAUCCUUCGUUCGAGACUUUCAGUAAUUCCUCAGGAUGUAAUCAUGUUUAGUGGAACCAUUAGAGAAAAUUUGGAUCCUCUAUCGGAAUACGAAGAUCGAGAACUAUGGAACGUGUUGGAAAUAGCACAGAUCAAAAAUGUUGUAGCUUCACAUUCUGAAGGUCUUAAUUUCGAGGUAAAAGAAGGAGGCGAGAAUUUUUCUUCCGGUCAAUUGCAGCUGCUCUGUAUGGCGCGAGCGAUACUCCGCAAGUCCUCGAUUAUCGUCCUCGAUGAAGCAACCAGUGCGCUCGACGCCUCCACGGAAAAAAGCCUCUUGAAAGCAAUUUCAACCGAUUUCGAGAACAAAACAGUGAUCAUUAUCGCGCAUCGUGUGUCCGCGUUACUCGAUUGCGAUCGAGUAAUCGUGCUCCACGAUGGAAAGAUCGUCGAAGAUGGAUCACCGGUAGAUCUGACACGACGACAAGAUGGUUUCUUCGCGAAUAUGUUAAAAUCCAACGAGGAGAAUGAAACGAACGAUUGUUGAUGAAAAUAGAUAAAAAAAAAAUAAUAAGAUGGAUUCGAUUAAAAAACUGUAACACAAGAAUGUAUUUAAUAUGUUCGAUGAUCACAUAGUAUUUAUUUUUGAUAUGGAUGAUAAAUUAGGAAUUUCUGAAAUGUAUUUUUGUAAAUACAUUAAAAAUGCAUUAAAAUGAUCGUUGAUCGAUCUGACACAUUUCGUUUAUACGCUGAUCAUAGGCAAUGAAAUUGCGUUGCAUAUUAAAACCUCAUCAUCAUAGAUAAAAGAUAAUAUAAAUUGAGAAUUUUUCUCUUUUAAUCCAUGUGACAAGAAAAUUAUGUAAAUUUUGUACUUAAAACUCAGACUAAUCGAAGUCUAUUCUUUUUUAAAUAAAAAAAUCAUUCACUUUAC